AUGGAUUGUAUUCGACAACAGCCGAAAUCGGAGAAUUCGCUUAAAUUGAUCUACACCAUUCAUCUGAUGGUCUACAGUUUAGCCGAUUCAUACACCUCUGCUACCAUUGUUCCUCCAGGCUCAACAAUCCUACCGAUUUUACACAACGUGGAGGAAUCUCUGGCUGGUCCACACAUACUUCCGGUAGUAGCUCACAAUUUUAAAGAAAGAAUCAAAGCUCUCGACACGGACGUCAAAUCCAGUGUUACUCAAAUAAAAUCUGCCCUAUCGAACAACCUCAACGCAGCCGUAGUUCAUUUGAGGAGCUCUGUUGCCAAUAAAGUGAACGUAGGGGUCGCCCAGCUUAAAAGUACAGUCUCCAAUAAGCUUCAUACGAUUGCGGAUAUGAUCCAACCAAAGCAUCCACAAUUUUAUGCAGCGUUAAAUAGCCCGAAGCCGAAAGGAUUUACCCUUAAUAAUAUGUACCAAAAGAAGCGGAACUCGAUGUAUUCGUCUCAUCCUGAUAAAAACAUAAAAUCAAAGAGAAUGUCAAAGUUUAGAAAGUCUUCAAAGCCAGUAAACUAUGACUCAUUUAUGACAGAUUUGGGCAUUUCCGGAUAUAAACACUUUGAAAAUGCCGUAAUUCGUGACUUGGAACGACGUGAGGAACAAAAAGUCGAAGCAACUAUGCAUACACUGUUUGAUAAUACGAAACAUGGAAAAAAUGUCAUCAAUGCUCAAAAACGCAACCCGAUUUCGGAAACCGAUGUCUACCAAAUUACUGCCAAAGACGCUAUAGUAGCUGGAACUUUACAACAAAGCUCAAAUAUAAAACUGGAGAACACAACAUUCCAUCCGGAGCUAUCAAGUUUAUUUGAUAAUAGCACUUUUGUCAAUAGUUACCCCAGUACUAGUACCAGUACCAGUACCAGUACCCAAGCAUCAAUUUUCCCCUUUUCCCAGUUCAAAUUUGAGCGCAACUACGGCAAACGGAACUUUUUAGUUCUUCCGGAACUUCAGGUAAAAAGUUUAGUGCCUGAAAAUACAACGACAAAGCCUUGGUUCAACAUAACGUUUGAAAAUCUAGAACCUCUCAAAUCGGAUAUAGUCAGAAACAAAAUUAAAGAACCAAAAAAGCGUUUGAAACAUUCAAGCAAGGCUAGCGAAAAGAAAAAAUAUGAAUACAUUUCACCAGCGCUGACCACAACUAUCAGUUCACUAAAACCAAUGAUAAAUAACAAGCGAGAGCCUGAGAACAAGUCAUAUUACAUUGCCUGUAAUCAGUUCACUACACCAAAGAACAAGAACUGUUCCCAAAAGUUUUUAUCCGAAUUUGAAUUUCCCACAAAAAAACAUCAUUCCAAAUUGGCAAACAUAGAUGCCGCAACUUCGACGGUAUUUCCUUUCACAACCACACUUAAUCCGCUUCUGAUGGACAUGAAUAAGCUCAAACGGCCAUCACGCCAUACGGCUACAAAACGCAAAUCCUCAACGCCAGACACUUCAUAUCGGAUAGCAGCCAAAGGGAAAAAAUUCAUUGACAAAGCAAGACUCAGCGGUUAUCGUGGAUCGGUGAAAUUUAGCGAUCACUUGAACAAUAAUGGUCUCAACGAUUUUUAGAUUUUACUUUGUAUUUAUGUAUGUAUUUAAAAUAUUAUUAUUAUUAUUGUUAUUAUUUAUUGUAAAUAAUUUAACAGCCUUACGGCCUGAAUAAAGUAUUCCUUCAAGCUAUGAA